AGCCGGACGCACAGAGGUCCCCUUGUGAGCCGCUAGCGAUUGUUCAGGGAGAAAGCAGGCGCUGCCCUUUGAGACGGGGGAGUCGUUUACUCCAGAAGAUCCACAGAAUAGAGGAUGUUGCCACGAAGCCUGCCUCUGUCUUUCACACUCAGCGUGCACAACCAUUGCCAAGCUGAGACCGAUGUCUGCAGACUGUGUUGACAAACUCUGAAGAGCCUAGUUAACACAGGAUGACCUAGGAGUGCCUUUCCGUCUCUAACAAGAAACUGUUCAUUAGUGACAGUGUCAGUCUUGGUUCUGAAUGCUGCAGAUCACAGCAGGCGGGAUUUCUCCUUUCUUUAUUUCUGAAACAUUCACUUGACCUUCCAUCAGUAAGACUGACUUUUCUAGUUUGCUCCGGGAGAUAUUAAUGGAAUACAGUCAUGUCCACUCAAGACGAGAGGCAGGUCAAUACUGAGUAUGCAGUGUCCUUGUUGGAACAGUUAAAACUAUUUUAUGAACAGCAGUUGUUUACUGACAUAGUGUUAAUUGUUGAGGGCACUGAGUUCCCUUGUCAUAAGAUGGUUCUUGCCACAUGUAGCUCUUACUUCAGUGUCCCAUGACAGACCUCGGAGAUAUUGUGGAUUCAGUUCCAGACCACCACAACAAAGCAAAUAUCAUAAUAAAGGCCAUGUUCAUGAGUGGGCUAAGUGAAAGCAAACAGACACAUGUACACCUGAGGAAUGUGGAUGCAGCCACCUUACAGAUAAUAAUUACUUACGCGUACACGGGUAAUUUGGCAAUAAAUGACAGCACUGUAGAACAGCUUUAUGAAACAGCUUGCUUCCUGCAGGUAGAAGAUGUGUUGCAACGUUGUCGGGAAUAUUUAAUUAAAAAAAUAAAUGCAGAGAAUUGUGUGCGAUUGUUGAGCUUUGCUGAUCUGUUCAGUUGUGAGGAAUUGAAACAAAGUGCUAAAAGAAUGGUGGAGCACAAGUUCACUGUUGUGUGUCACCAGGAAGCGUUCAUGCAGCUGUCCCAUGACCUCCUGAUAGACAUUCUCAGUAGUGACAACUUAAAUGUAGAAAAGGAGGAGACAGUUCGCGAAGCUGCUAUGCUGUGGCUAGAGUACAACACAGAAGCACGAUCCCAGUAUUUGUCUUCAGUUCUUAGCCAAAUCAGAAUCGAUGCACUUUCAGAAGUAACACAGCGAGCUUGGUUUCAAGGUCUGCCACCCAAUGAUAAGUCUGUCGUGGUUCAAGGUCUGUAUAAAUCCAUGCCCAAGUUUUUCAAACCAAGACUUGGGAUGACUAAAGAGGAGAUGAUGAUUUUCAUUGAAGCCUCUUCAGAAAAUUCUGUAGUCUUUACUCUUCUGUCUGUUACAGUCCCCAAGCAGAAAAAAGUUUACAAGCUCUGCAGCCCACCAGCUGAUUUGCAUAAAGUUGGGACCGUUGUAACUCCUGAUAAUGACAUCUAUAUAGCAGGUGGUCAGAUUCCUUUGAAAAACACAAAAACAAAUCAUAGUAAGACAAGCAAACUUCAGACUGCCUUCAGAACUGUGAAUUGCUUUUAUUGGUUUGAUGCACAGCAAAAUACCUGGUUUCCAAAGACGCCGAUGCUUUUUGUCCGAGUAAAGCCAUCCUUGGUUUGCUGUGAAGGCUAUAUUUAUGCAAUUGGAGGAGAUAGUGUAGGUGGAGAACUUAAUCGGAGGACCGUUGAAAGAUAUGACACUGAGAAGGAUGAGUGGACAAUGGUGAGCCCUUUGCCUUGUGCUUGGCAGUGGAGCGCAGCAGUUGUGGUUCAUGACUGUAUCUACGUGAUGACGCUGAACCUCAUGUACUGUUACUUUCCAAGGUCUGACUCGUGGGUAGAAAUGGCCAUGAGACAGACUAGCAGGUCUUUUGCUUCAGCUGCAGCUUUUGGUGAUAAAAUUUUCUAUAUUGGAGGGUUACACAUUGCUACCAAUUCUGGUUUAAGAUUCCCUUCCAGCACUGUAGAUGGGUCUUCGGUAACUGUGGAAAUUUAUGAUGUGAAUAAAAAUGAAUGGAAAAUGGCAGCCAACAUCCCUGCUAAGAGGUACUCAGAUCCCUGCGUUCGAGCUGUUGUGAUCUCAAAUUCUCUGUGUGUGUUUAUGCGAGAAACUCACUUAAAUGAAAGAGCUAAAUAUGUCACUUACCAGUAUGAUCUGGAACUCGACCGGUGGUCUCUGCGGCAGCAUAUAUCUGAACGUGUACUGUGGGACCUAGGGAGAGACUUCCGAUGCACUGUGGGGAAACUUUAUCCAUCCUGCCUGGAAGAAUCUCCGUGGAAACCACCAACCUAUCUUUUUCUACCGGAUGGGACAGAGGAGUUCGAACUGGAUUGAGUAAUGGUUGCACUACCACCUGUAUAGUUGGGAGUUCAGGAGGUGCACGCCUGAUUUAUGUGCUUUGUCAUUUUCUUUGCUAAAUAAGAGAGGCUAUGAAAGGACUAAUAUGAGUACAUAAAAAUCUAUCUUUGAUAAAUUUUAUUUUUAUGCCCUACUUAAUAUUUGCAUCAGUAUAAUAUAUAUCAGUGAGUCUUGCAGAAAGAUAUGCUUCCAUAAUAUGAAAUAGAUUAUCCAAUAAUUGUAAUAAUUUUAUGUGUAUCAUGAGAGCAUAGAAUCUGGAUUAUCUAACAUUGUUAGCCCUGUGUAUGUACAGUUCAAAAAGUUCACUUAUUAAACUAGUUUCCUGUUCCUAGUGUGGUAUAUCACAAAUUGUGCUGAGGUUAUUUUAGCAUAUGUAUUUCGUUCCUGUGCUUCUGUUCUGAAGUCCUGGAAUACAGUUUUUCGGUGUAAUUAGUUCAGCUGCACUUAACACUAACGUCCAUGUUGGAAUAGAAAUGUCUCAAUCCUGUACUAUAGUUGAGGAAGAUCUUCCAUUUUAUGGUAUUACACAGGGAGAGCUAGGACUGCAGGACCAGUCUAACUAUACUAUUAGGUGCAUGUACUCUCUUUCUCUUUCCACUAACUUAUACUUGUCUCUAGAAUACAGGUCUUCCAAUCAGCUGGUCAUUUACCAGGUAUAGACUUAAGUUGCUGGGCUUGCAAUGAAAUUUGCUAGUCCCUCAUUGUGCGGGUCUGGGUGGAGCAUUCAUCAGUAAAUGCCUCCACUUUCUGUAUUACAUUAACAUUGGCUCAUGCGUAUAACUACCUGCUGCUGUUGUAUUUCUCCAUCUUAAAGAUUUAGAGUGGGUCAACCAGGUCAUUACAUCUUAAUUUAAUAACAAGCAUUACUGUAGAGUGAUUGUGUAGAUACCCGUUAGCCGUCAGGGUGUGUUUUUUUAACCUGUUGUGUGUGGGUAGGAUUAGAAGGGUGAACUGUUCAGGAAUUCUCUGCACUGGCUGUGCGGACGAGCAGGUAACAAGUGCUGCUCUGGCAUUCAUCCAGGAACCACUAGCAGUAGCGGCGCUGCCCAUCUAACAUGAGCACAGGUGCUUCACGACAAACAUUACUAGCAUGUUCAACUGCAUAAUGUUCUGGCACUGUAUUUCGAAUGACAUUAAUUUAUUAAAUAAGUUGUACAUAUUCAA